AAUUAGGAAGAAUCUGGACCAGCGCGGCGGGUUGGUAUCUUAUUUUUUCUUCUUCUUUUCUUUCUUUCUUUCUUUCUUUUCGCAUGAAUUCGCAUGAAUGACGGAGUGUGCUGGCUGGUUGGCUGGCUUGUUGGUUGAUUGGCUGGUUGGCUGUCCAUUCUGUCUCACAUCACACCUCACAGCACACGCUCGCAGCCAGCGGGGCAACAGAGGGGAAACUAGGGCUGCUCUGGAAACUCGUGCCGCCCGCUUCGCCUCAGCAACCACCGCCCCCCUCCACCACCACUACCCACCACCCCCAACGGCGCCUCGAUUAGCGGCGCUCUUCUGCUGCGGGCGAGUGGGGCCAACAGCUGCCAAUUGUCAAGCGUCUGCGGAGAAUGAUCCUUACCCUCCCACCACCCCUCCCUCGAACACCUGUUCUCCAUCGUCACCUAUCACUCCGACUAUCUCCGCUUUGAGGUGAAUACCCAACCAGCUUCGUACCCGUAACCGGAUUUCGUCGUUAUGAUUUUCCUGACCGGGGGGCCGGGAAUGGGAACAACGCAUGCUGCGCUUUGCUUUGCUGCCGAUUCGAUGACGGAAAAUCAUCCACCACGGUCAAUUGCCUGGCCUGGCUACAUACGCACUCUGCUCUAGCUACAGCAGCCCGAGCAGAGCAACCGUGCUAGAGCACAGCGUGCAGCGGGCUACUAGCUUCGACACGUAGGUAGGUAGC